AGCCUGAAAGUUUGUCAAAAAUAUAAUGACGUUUUUAAAGGUAUAAAAAUCCAAAACUAUUUAGUUUUUAAAUUAUUACAAAAUUCACUGUGAGUAAUAUUCCAAUAUAACGUAUGAUUCAACAUGGGUAUGGACCAAUUUGUCACUACUUACAGAAAAGACUAUCUGUGGCCAUAUGUAAAAACCUUAGGGCUCAGACCACAUCCAGAACAUCUGUUUCAACCCCAAUACAGAGAUGCUCAUAGACCAGACCUAAUACCAUGCGAAUGUCACAACAUAGGUGAUCACAAUGUACACCAAAACCAUCAAAGAAACUUGCUAGGGCCUCAGGCUUAUGAAGAAGAAGCAUGGAGUAGAUUGGGUCCUAUGGGACCUCUUUUGGAUCCAAAAAUUUACCCUGCAAAAGUGUCCUCGGCGCCUCAAACUCAAGUGGGGCGCUUUAAUCAACCCAAUGUGUUUUUGGCUAAAAUUCAAGAAAAGUAUCCUUUUAUUUACGAAUGCCUAAGGACUGCCCCACCAGAUGAUCUGCUGGCAAGAAUCAACAGGGAUAGGUUGAGAAGUACAUAUCAAGUUGAUUUUUGUAAAAUGAAUGAGUAUCCAUCUGCCCCCUACGAAGAACUUCUUAGGGCAGCAGGCGUAGAUGGUCAUCAACCCUGUCCUGAACCUGUAACACUUCCAGGAGAUUUUUGCAAAAUCUACACCAAAUCGAGAAUAACUUCUAACGGAAGUGGUGGAGGCCACGGUGGCGCAAGUAAAGGGAGCAGUCAACCUUGUGGAGGAAUCUUUAAAGCUAAGGAAGCUGUAUAUUGUGUGGGAAGCUGCAAGGGACCUCUCUCUUCCAUGACAGCAGGAGCCUCAGAAUAUCAAGACGCGAUUUCGAGAUUGGGACAGCUCAUAAUCAGAGAUCGAAUUCAUGAUCCGACAGUCAAAAGAAGCAUUUUUACAAGCAAUAUAAAGACAUAGAGGAGAUACCUUGGGGUACACCAAUGCAGAUGAUAAGAGGUGCAAGAAAUGAUAUUUCUCCUCCUUGCCCCGAACCAUCUGCCACUUGUGGAUAUCCUUGCAAACCUAAGCCUAGAAAUAAAGCUAUAAGGCUAAGUACUAUCACUAAACAGUUUGUUGAAA